CGCCGCUGCGGUUAUUAUUAACCGGCAAAGAUCGCCUCUGCGCGCUCGCGUCUAUUUGGAAGGGACCCUCCUACCGAGGCGGCUCGGUGCCUGUAUACGUGCUCUCUCGGCCGGCCCGUAUGGUUUAUGUAACUCGCGGCACUCGCCGUCGCUCGGCCUCUUUCUCCGCUCUUGGGCUCGGACCUCGUUACGCCGUGGAUACCUUCACCGUUACAUAAUCUUAGGCGAAAGCACGAGCUUCCUGUAUUUAAUCGAGUCGAUAGUGCAAGGCAUCCCGAUCCGACAGCAGCGACGAUCGACAGCCACUCGAGUCAAACGCCCGACUCGAUGUCGAUCGCGCGACAUUUAUCCAAUUUCAAUACAAUGGAGUGCCUUGUGUCGACGGCAAUGGGUAUUUCGCACCUGCGGCAAAAUUAGCUUCAACGUGCCUAUAUAUACAUACAGAGCAAUCUCGCCGGCGCGCCCGAAUAAUUACUUUCCCAGUGGCUCCCUUGUGUCUGGCCUACAUAGAAUUUUGAUUGACCAUCCCCAGACCACUUUUCUAACUACUUUUUUCCCGUAUAUACGUGAGCGCUGUAUAGAUGUAUAGGCGCGCGUCGCUCCGUCUCGCUCUUCUUUGCGACUACCUAGCAGCUUUAGAUAACCACGUGCGCGACUACCCUCCAGUUUCGCUUCGAUGUCAUCGCACACGCAAGUGAUUUUGCCUACUUUGGCUGCUGUAGGGGCAAUAAUAGCAGUGGGUGUAGCAAUUAAAUUAUAUUUCACAUUCAAAGAUGAUAAAAAGAAGAAUAUACUGCUGGUAGAGCCCACAGUCAAGUACCCAUUGCCACUUGUUGAGAAAAUCAUUAUAAACCAUGAUACUAGGUUAUUUAGAUUUGGUCUGCCAAGUCCGAGCCAUACACUUGGCUUACCUAUUGGUCAACAUGUGCAUUUAACUGCCAACAUUGAUGGCGAUGUUGUCAUACGAGCAUACACUCCAGUCACUAGUGAUGAUGACCAUGGCCAUGUAGAUCUUGUUAUAAAGGUUUACUUUAGAAAUGUUCAUCCCAAAUUCCCAGAAGGUGGCAAAAUGUCACAGCAUUUGGAAAGUCUAAAAAUUGGUGAGACCGUAGAUUUUAGGGGACCUUCAGGCAGACUUGUUUACAAGGGUCAAGGCAAAUUUUCAAUAAAAUUAUUGAGGAAAGAGCCUCCUACGGAAUACACGGUUUCCAAGGCUGUUAUGAUCGCUGGAGGCACAGGUAUUACACCAAUGUUGCAACUCAUUCGAGCUAUUGCAAAAGAUCCCACAGACAAGACACAAGUAUCUCUGCUAUAUGCAAAUCAGACUGAAAAAGAUAUUUUACUGCGAGAGGAACUAGAAGAGGUAGCCAAAACCCAUCCUGAUCAAAUCAAGGUUUGGUAUACAGUGGACACAAGUAGCGAAGACUGGAAGUAUAGUACUGGUUUUGUUAAUGCUGAUAUGAUCAAGGAUCACAUGUAUCCUCCUUCUUCAGAUACAAUUGUACUUAUGUGUGGCCCACCACCAAUGAUAAACUAUGCUUGCACACCUAACUUGGAUAAACUGGGAUACAAUUCCAAAUUGCGAUUUGCAUAUUAAAAUUUUACUUAAAUUUAUUUUCAAUAGUCCUGGAAAUUUUUUGGUUGUUUAUAAUUGUAUAAAAUUUCUUAGUCUUUUCUAGUAGUUGAAAUGCAUUGUGGCUAACUCCACAUUUAAUGUACAAAGAAUGCAGCUGUUUUAUUAUAUCUAAACUGAUAUUUAUUAAAGUUAUAA